AUGGCGUCUUCACAGCCCUUUGGCGACACCAUCGUCGGCGCCGCUCUCGACCCGGUCAGCGGCAAGGCCGUCUCGGCUCCUGCUCACGAUGCCAUCAACGAGAAGCUGGGUCAGGACAAGUCGGACGUGAUUGCUAUGACCGACAGCACCGAGAAGGGCGAGAUUCAACCCUCCAGGUCCGCCGAGGAAAGCGACAACGGCAAGGGCAGCGAAAGCGACCCUGACGCCAUCAUUGUCAGCGGCACCGACGUGGCCAAGCACCUGCUGCCCCUGCGCGACGAUGCCGAUCCGUCUCUGACUUUUCGGAGCAUGCUUCUCGCAACGGGUCUGUCGGGGUUCCAGGCUGUGAUGAACCAGAUCUACCAGUUCAAACCCACUCUUGUUACGAUCCAAGGUACCUUCAUUGUGCUCAUCGCCUACUUCCUCGGCCAAGGGUGGGCCAAAUUUCUCCCCCGUGGUGACCGGCUCGAGGCUCGUUGGAGGUCCAAAGGCGGCGAGGGAAACGUCCCGCUCUGGAUCAGGAUUGUGUCCUUCUUCAACCACGGAGAAUGGGGCCUCAAGGAGCACGCAAUCUGUGCAAUCACGGCGACGGCCGCCUCCAACGCGGCGACCAGCAGCACCGUCUUCUCAGCCCAGCUGCUCUUUUAUGAUCUGCCUUUGAGCGCGACCACCGUCGUCUUGACUGUCAUCUCGAUUGGCCUGUUCGGCUACGGACUCUGCGGCAUCCUGCGACCCGUUACUGUCUGGCAUGUCGACGCCGUCUACUGGAGCACCCUGCCGACGGUCAAGACCCUUCAGGGUCUUCACUGGCAAGAGAUCAAAUCGUCCAAACCCAUCAGAUACUUUUGGAUGGCAUUCGUCGGCAUGUUCAUUUACGAGUUCUUCCCUGCCUACAUCUGGCCUUGGCUGAACGCCGUCUCCAUCCCUUGUCUCGCCUCGAUGAAUGCGACUGGGGCAACGGGCGCUACUCUCACCCGUCUGUUUGGAGGGUCCCUGAAUAAUGAGGGACUUGGGCUAUUUUCGCUUUCGUUCGACUGGCAAUACAUAACCUCAUUCAACACAUCUCUGCCACUUACGCUGCAGGCCCACACGGCAGUUGGAUACUUUAUUUGCUUCUUGGCCAUGCUGGGUAUAUACUACACCAACCAGUGGGACGCCAAAUCGCAGCCCUUUAUGUCCACCAAACUGAGGUCCGAGGGUGGUGGCUCGUAUCCAACUUCCAAGGUCUUUGCUGGUGGCAUUCUCGACCACACUGCUCUCGCCAAGUAUGGCCUUCCCAUGCUUUCGGGCACAUUUGCCUACGGCAUGUUUAUGGCCAACGCUGCUAUUGGCGCCCUCAUCACGCACUGCUUCCUGUUCUGGGGCGGAGACAUCAAGAAAACGUACCGCAGCGCAAGGGAGGGCAGAUUCGACGACCCCCACCACGUCCAGAUGGCAAAGAACUACAAGGAGACCCCGUGGUGGUGGUUCAUGAUUGUCCUUGCUGGCAGCUUUGUGCUCGGUCUCAUUGUUGUCACGACACAGGACAUAACUCUUCCGGCGUGGGCCUAUGUCGUCUCGCUGCUCCUUGGAACUCUCAUAGCGCCAUUUUCCACCCUGCUUUAUUCCCGCUACGGAAACGGCAUUGCUACCAACAAUCUUUCCAAGAUGAUUGCUGGACUCGUUCUUCCUGAACGCCCAAUCGCAAACAUGUAUUUCGCCGCCUUUAGCCACAAUGUUAUCCUGUGCACGCUCAACCUCUCCAAUGAUUUGAAGAUGGGCGAAUAUCUCAAGAUCCCGCCUCGUAUAAUGUUCUUGACUCAGAUUUACGGCACGAUUCUCGGAGGCUUUAUCAAUUAUGCGGUCAUGAUCUCGAUCGUUACUGGAAACAAGGAUCUUCUCGUCGACGGCAAUGGCGAUGCCGCGUGGAGUGGUGCGACCAUCCAGUCGUACAACACCAACGCUACUUCCUGGGCGUUGGCAAGCUACCUCUACAAGGCUGGUGGUAGAUAUUGGCUUGUUCCCGUGGGAUUGGGGAUUGGCGCUGCCAUUGUCGUUGCUCACCGCAUCGUCUACCACUUCAAACCCAAAAUCGGGCGCUUCGACCUCCUAGACAUCAACAUGCCGCAGCUCAUCCAGUACGCGGGCUACAUCCCCUACAACGCGUCGCAGACCUGCGUGCUGUUCAGCCAGGUCAUCUCGGGCUUCUUCAUCCAGUUCUACCUGCGCAACUACCGCCCCCGCAUCUUCAAGGACUACUCGUACCUGGUCACGGGCGCCUUUGACGGCGGCAGCCUGCUGGCCCUCUUCAUCCUGUCGUUUGCCGUCUUUGGCGCCGGCGGCGCCGUGAAGCCUUUCCCCCAGUGGUGGGGCAACAACGCGGCUGGCAACUAUGAUCUUUGUCCGGCUGCGGAGUAG